AUGUCCCCCAGCACGCACACGAAGGGCGAGGCUGCCACUGGGACAGGGAGGAUUCUCAGGGGCGACUCGGGGCACUGCUCCUCAGAUGAGGAUAACAAGGCCUUUGAAGUGUGGCAGCAGCUGCCAGUCUCUGGCUCCCAGCUGGCCCGCGUGCCCUUGCUUUGGUGGACUUCCUGCUGCUCCCGUCCGGUGGAAGGGGGCAGUUAUCUCUUUGGAGGACUGUUUACAAACUCCCUAUUUUCCCUUCUUUCUCCUGCCCCACGGCUGUGCUUCAGCACGCAUUUAGGUCACGUGCAGAGUGUAUCUCGCCUCCAGUGGGAGGGAAGUGUACAGGAAAGCCGCGCGGAGUGUGAGAAAAUCCAGGUGUGCUCUAUGCUCUCUGCUCCAUGCAGUCUCUCACUCUACUUUCUUUUAUUUUCUUUCUUUCCUUUUUUUUUGAGACACAGUCUUGCUCUAUUGUACAGAGAGGCUGGAGUGCAGUGGCAUGAUCUAGGCUCACUGCAACCUCUGCCUCCUGGGUUCAAGUGAUUCUCCUGCCUUGACCUCCCGAGUAGCUGGGAUUAUAGGUGCCCACCACCACGUCCGGAUAAUUUUUGUAUUUUUAGUAGAGAUGGGGUUUCACCAUCUUGGCCAGGCUGGUCUCGAACUCCUGACCUCGUGAUCUACCUGCCUAGGCCUCCCAAAGUGCUGGGAUGACAGGUGUAA